AUGCGACUGCUGAAAACAGGCCCAUUUGUUUCAGGAAAUCCUACUACUCUGGAACUUCAUGACUUCCCAGUCAACCAGGCCCGAUAUGCCGUCCUUUCUCACGUCUGGAGCUCACCGCAGAACGAAAUCUUGUAUUCUGACCUGCUAGACUCAUGCGAUACCUCCAUCAAGCGACUGGAAGGACACAUCUCAGUCGACCUCGCCAUUUCAACUUUGCAACGCAAGAGAGGCUGGGUGAAGCUAGCAUUCGCUCUUGAGCAGGCUGAUGAGGACGGCAAAGAAUGGCUGUGGGUAGAUACGGCAUGUGUCGAUCGCUCCAGCAGUUCUGAACUUGCCGAAUCUAUUAACUCCCGGUGGCAAUGGCUGGAAGCUGCGGCAAUAUGCUAUGCAUUUCUCGGUGAUGUUCCACUGGAGAGGUGGCGCGAGAUGAAGUUUGUGAGGCAUCUUGCGAGUAGUUGGCUCAGUGAUGGCUGGACGCUGUCGGAUCUGAUCGCGCCGGGACAUGUCGUCUUCUAUUCCAUGGAAUGGUCCCGCUUGGGAGACAAGCACGAGCUUUCCCGACUGCUCUCCACGGCCACGCAGGUACCCAUACCAGUCUUGGAAGGCGCAAGGUCGGUCCAAGAGGAGAGUGUCGCCGCACGUAUGGCCUGGGCUGCGAACCGUCAGACUCUGCUGGUCGAAGAUCGAGCAUACAGCUUGAUGGGACUUUUCGACAUUAGCAUGCCAGUCCUCUAUGGAGAGGGCCCAAAGGCGUUCCAAAGACUUCAAGAAGAGAUCAUUCGCAGCUCCGAUGACCUCAGUAUCUUCUGCUGGAAAGACGCAGAAGUCGGCAAACGUUUGCACGGCUUGAUGGCAGAUAGCCCAAAGGCUUUUGCACACUCCGCAGCAUAUCGAGCGUACGCCUUCGAGGAUGUUCCCCCAUUCGAUGUCAACAAUCGUGGAGCUCGACUGAGCUUGCAUCUUACUCCAGAAAAGGACGAAAUCGUUCUUGCUGCUUUACCCUGUCCAGAUCCCGGCUCUCAAGAUGGCUAUCUUGCGAUUUACCUCCGGAAACUUCCCUCUGGUGACAAGCAGUACGCAAGGGUCCGCUGCGACGAAAUCACAGUCUUGGACAGGCGAGGCUCUCUGGAGCAAAUCUACGUCCGCCAGGUCAUUCCUCCAUCGAUCGCAAGCUCGUCAUUGAUAUCCGUGGCAAAUGGCCACGAAAAUGGCAAGUCAGCCGCAAAGCACAAAGAGUCGGUAUUACCUACUCACAUCUUCCACCUCAACAAGUUCAAGACGUGGGACGGGUACAAAGUCAUCGACGUGCACUAUCAGCCCCCAAAGGUUCAGCUCAAGGACUUUGGCGAACUUGCAAACGAGCUGAAGCACCCCGAAAAUGUGCCAGAGCAGCACCACGUUACCUUCAAAAUGGUCAAAGCCGAUCAUCGUCUUACAGCCGUCAUCCUCCUGGGCCGUGACGAGGACGAUAAACGUAUAGCGCUCCUCUUAGGCUCUGGAGAAGACUGCGAGCCCGGAUUCGACAUUGUGGAGUGCAGAGACCUUCAAGACCUCAGAGAUUGCUAUCGACCCUUCGAGCCCAUGGCUUUUGGAACGAUGGCAUUUGGCAAGCGACAUCGUGUGGUUGUCAGAGCUGAGCCGAUUGUGAGGCAAGCAGUGAAGGUCUACCUCAUUGAGCUCACGAUCGGUGCCUUGUCGAGGAUCCCGAACAUGGGUCCAAUCGAAAGAGUGGAUAGCAGGAGAUCAAGCAUCGCAAGCAGCAAGAGGAUGAGUUGGAUUGUGCAGAAGGUGGUAAGGAGGCAUAGUCAGGUUUCGAGUUUCAGUCGUCCUUCGUCGCAGCUGGGUAAGGAGUCUAACGGGGUGUCGUCGACGAGCUGA